AUGGCACCAGACGUCUCUACGAUGGAGAUGAUCACCUCGGACUCUGAGCAAAAGCUGGUGGCACCACAAGCGGCGCCGAGGAAGUUCCAGAUCGUGUACAGAAAUCUACUUACGUUCGGAUACGCGCACUUGUCUGCACUGUAUGGACUUUAUCUAGCCUGUACCAGCGCAAAAUGGCAAAGCAUUUUCUUUUUUUACAUUCUGUUCGUGCUGUCCUCGAUCGGCAUCACAGCUGGAGCCCACCGGCUGUGGACGCACAAGGCCUACAAAGCCAAUAUGCCGCUGCAGAUAAUCCUCAUGUUGAUGAACAGCCUGGCCUUUCAAAACACCGCUACAGAUUGA